AUGCUCGCCUCAUGCCGCCGCGUCCGCCUGCGCUUCCGCUCCGCUCUCGCCACCGCCGCCGCCUCCCCCGUCGAAGCUUCCAUUUCCACCUCCGACUCCGACGUGGACCCCGAAUCCCACGGCCCCGCGGAUGCCACGCUCCUCCGCCGCCGCAUGCGGGCGUCGGCCGCCGAGGGGAACCUGGCCGCGGCGCUGGACGCGCUCGCCCUCCUCCGGCCCGCGCCCGCAGGCGCCCACGACUACAACGCCCUCCUCCACGCCUACCUCCGGUCCGGGCAAGCCGCCGCGCAACACGUCGCCGCCGCGGAGCAUGUAGCCGCCGUGCUGUGUCACAUGCGCUCCGUCGGCCCGGCGCCCAACGCCCUCACCUUCAAUACCGCCUUCAACGGGCUGCUCCGGCUAGGCCACCUCGACGCCUCGCACGCGGUACUCGAAGAGAUGUGGUCUCGCUGCGGAUUCGUGCCUUCGUUCACCACGGUAGAUAGACUCAUCAAGAAAGCUGUUAGUGGCUCUAACUUUGAACUUGCACUGAAGGUGUUCGACCUAAUGCUCAGUCUGUGUUACUUUCCGACUCUCCCUAUCGCCAAUGCCAUUGUCUCGAUUCUAUUGAAAAGUGGCAGCGCUGAGAUUGCAUAUGAGGUUUUCAUGGUGCUUGUAAAUAGGAAGUUUGUGCCAGAUGUGUAUAUGUACAACCAAAUUCUGUUUGGUCUUUGCAAGUCAGGUUGCAGCAAUAAGGCAUUGACUCUGUUCUGUAACUUGAAGAAGAGAGGACUCUCUCUAAACGUUUAUUCGUAUACAGCAUUGGUCUUAGGAUUAUGCAAGGAGAAGAUGUGGGCCGACGCAUACAGGGCAUUGGAGAAGAUGUGCGAUGAAGAGUGCAAACCCUCUGUUGUAACAUAUACCGUAAUUGUGAAUUUCCUCUGUAGAGAUGGUAAGAUUGAUGCUGCGAUGCAUGUUUUCAGGAUGGCAUGCAAAAAUGGCUGUUGUCUUGAUAGCACCAUAUGCAAUGUGCUACUCCAUGCACUCUGCUGCGAAGAUAGAAUACCAGAAGCUCGGGUGAUUGUUGAUUUGAUGGAGGAGGCAGGAUUGGUCCCUGACUAUUUCACCAUUUCUUCUCUGGCUGCUGGCUUUCUGAAAACUGGGGAUGUCAUGACCUGUCAGAAUUUUAUACGAAUGGUAUGUAACAGGAGCAAUCAUGUGGAUAUUAUCACUUGGAAUAUAUACCUCCAUAGCUUAUGCUGUGAUGGGCAGGUUAAGAAAGCAUUAGCUUUGGUUAGUGGAAUGAUGGAGAGAGGACUUGUACCAUCUACUACAACAUAUAACACUAUACUGAAAGGCUUCUGUAUGGAGCUGGAUCUUCAGGGGGCAUUGCAGAUGUUGGACCAUUUUAGCUCUACUGGUGUUCCCUGUGAUUCAGUCUCCUUCAACACUAUCCUCUCUGCAGCCUGCAGGCAGCAGAAUGCUUCAGUUAUCCGUAUGGUUCUCUAUCGUAUGCAUGUGGAAGGAAUCAACCUUGAUGCCAUCAGUAUGACAUGCUUACUCCGGUACUUUCACAAAUGUGGGAAGUUUGCUGAAAGUGUUAACCUUGUUGAGAGUCUGCGAAUUCAGGGCAGCCUACUGUUUGUGCAUGGUACUUGAGGACAUCAGCAAAUUUUAUGGUUGGUCUUCUCUUGUUGCUGGGCUAAGCAAGCUUGUAGGAUUGUAGCAUCCAUUCUUUGGUUUGGCCUUAAAGGAAGUCAGAUUAUUGGGCUCAGUUGGAUGUCAAGGUCUGUUGCGCUUGCAGUAAUUCCAUGGUCAAUAAUUUGAUGAUUAAGUCAACAAAUUGUGGAGCAUUUCAUGAAGGCUUGAAGGUUGAAGAGAAUGGUGAAGAGCUGCCGGAUCCUUGGGGUAUUAUUCUUUUGUCUAUGAGCUGAUUAUGCUGGGGAGAGCACCAUCAUUUAUGCCACCUGGGAGCGCAUGUGCUCGAGAAUGGAGCCAUCCUUCAAGUCGCACACAGAGGUUCACGGCGACAUACAUACCUUAGAUUCAGAAGCCUAUCACAUGUCCAAUUAUAUAUAUUUUGGGUGCCAGGUAGAUCAGGAUAAACAUAUGAUCUACCUCUCCAGAAGACCAGGAUAAAAAUCCAGAAAAUUUCAAGGCUUCAAAUUGACAGGAUCUGUGCAGUUUACGCUUCUUAAUCUUGCCAACAUUCAACAUGCCAUUUUCUGGAGUUUAAGAUUAAGGACGGCAAAAAGGACGGGGAAGCAGAUCUAAUUUAUUGGUAGACCUGAAGCUGUGUAUUCUAUGAAGCUGAUGGUAGAGGUCCUGGGCCUUUGAUGGCGAGAAAAAGUUUGUUGGUUGGUUUCGGGGCUAUUUACUGUGUGUUAUUGAAGAUCAGAGGAGCCGGAAGAAUAUCAUUAAUGUAUACUAUGAUCUUAGAGCAAGUUUAAUAGUAUAUAGCCAACUAUUAGCUCUAAAUCAUCUAUAGUCGAUUUAAUAGCCAAUUCAUACAAUAGUUAUCUGUAAACAUAUACUACACUAUUAAUAUUGACGGAGCUUA